UUAUAACAUUAGUGAGUCACAAGAUUUUUUCUAUUUUAAUAAAGUCGACUCGAGACUAUAAGAAAAUGUUUAUUGUACAAUAUUAUCUAUGUGCGUCAUAUUGUUCCAACUUUCCGUGUUUCAACCAAACGAUAAAGUUAGCAUUUGCACAAAAACCUUCAAGUAUUUUCACGACACCACGUCGAGGAGCGCCACAUCUAAACAAUAAAAUUCGAUACGGUUUCCUAGCAACCGGGCGCAACACUCUUAGUAGUUUUGUAGUGAAAAAAAAUGGACUGGAAAGAGACCGUGACGUCAGUGUCCGACAAAGUCUUCCCCGGACUUUCCCGGAAGGUCGAUAAUUUGGUUUAUGGCAACGAAGUUAUGUCGAAUUUGCCUCUGCAGAUGUCGCUUUAUUUCAACGUGAUUUUCGCGCCGUUUUGGCUAACCAUACUGAUUUUGUAUCUAAAACACACUUUUGCUUGUUUCAGCGAAAUUUACAAGUUUAUUAUAAUCACGAUCAUCACCACGAUCGUGUUAAUCGAGUUGUUGAGACUCUACCUCGGCUACAAAGGAAACCUGGAAGACAAGAUUCCAGAGCUGGUCGGAUUCUGGAUGUUGUCGCUCCUGCUCCAGUUGCCGCUUCAAGGUUUACUAUUAUUUAACCCGAAUUUCAAACUUCACGUGUUUGAAGUGAUCGUGCAAAGUAUAAUGUUUUUGAUGCUUUGCAUCCAACUGAUAUUUAGCUACCGUGCGUUGAAAUUUACAGCGGCACAACAAGCCACCUAUUUCAGAAUAAUGAAGCUAAAGUCGGACGUGUCCAUACAAGAACGCUACAGGGUGAAUAAAAAAUAAAUACAAUGUACUUUUAUUUACAAAAAAUAAUAAAGAGGAAUUCAAACUUGAGCCACCAUCAUGCAGUCGUGACGUAACGCGUUGUGACGUCACAUGCGCCACUGAAUUUAAACAAAAUAUGAAUUUAUGCACUAUUAAAUAUUAAAU